UUAAAAUUUAAAAGUGACUCGUUGACAACGGUGCUUGCUUGUUUACAAUUAAAUAUAAAAUCCUCAAAGUUGAUUUUAAAGGGUUACUUGGAGUAAGCAUGGAUAAACCGCAAAUAAUAGCCCACGUACAACAUUCCCUGAACUACACAUUGUAUGAUUGCAAGUGGAUCCCACGAAGUGCCAAAUUUGUAGUUUUAGGGAGCCAUCCACGCGGAACUGGAGCCUUAGAAAUAUUUGAACUGUCACAGGGCGAAGUGAAACUCAUGAAAAAAGCUGAAAAACCAAAAGCAUUUAAAUGUGGAACUUUUGGCGCAUCAACUUAUCAUAACAAAUCCAUCGCCACUGGAGAUUUUGAAGGAAAAUUCCAAAUCUGGGAUUUAGAAUGUUUGGAAUCACCAACAUACACUGCAAAAGGCCACAAAGAAAUUAUAAACUGUAUCGAUGCAGUUGGAGGCUUAGGCAUAGGUGAAGGGGCCCCCGAAAUUGUUACAGGAAGUAGAGAUGGUAAAGUUAAACUUUGGGACCCAAGGCAAAAAGAUGAUCCCGUUGCUAUCUUUGAACCCUGCGAUGGCGAAACCAAAAGGGACUGUUGGGCCGUUGGGUUUGGCCACGCCUUCAAUGCACAUGAUAGGUGCAUAGCGACAGGCUAUGAUAAUGGUGACCUCAAAUUAUUUGACCUUCGCAAAAUGGCCCUAAGGUGGGAGUUUAACCUUGGAAAUGGGAUUUGUGACCUUCAAUUCGAUCGCAAGGACAUAGAGAUGAAUAAAUUAGUGGUCACUGGCCUGGAGUCGAAGUUCCAUGUCUUCGACAUGAGAACUCAACACAGUAGGAAGGGGUUUGCCCACCUUACUGAAAAGGCCCACAAAUCUACUGUAUGGGGUGUUAAACACCUGUGCCAGAAUCGCGAUCUGUUCGUCACUCUAGGCGGCAAUGGUUCUGUGAACCUCUGGAAGUACGACUACCCGUCUCAAAGGUGCACGACAGACACGGAGGGCGAAAAGGUUGGGGUCAUGGGGUCACUCUGCCCCCUUCAAAACAUUCACCUAUCUACCCAGCCAAUAAGCGGAUUUGAUUGGUCCCCGGAUAAAUUAGGAUUAGCUGUUUGUACGUCGUUCGAUCAGAAUUUAAGGGUUCUUCUAGUCACCAAGUUGAAUUUGUACUAAGGAGGUGAAGGAUGAUGAUGACGACGACGAUGAUGAUUGUUAUUUUUUGUUAACAAUGAUAAUGAUGAUGAUGAAGACGAAGAGGAUGAUGAUGAUGUUGUGGAUAAUUUUCGUCAAAUGAAUAUUCUAUUUUUAUAUUUUUCCGUUCAAAAUAUUUCCAGGUUUAACAUAUAAACAUACUCAUACAUACAUACAAACACAUACACAUGCAUACAUACAUACAUACACAUACACUAGCAUAUCUUAUAUAAUAAUAAACAUAAUAAUAAUUAAUAAUAAUAAAAAUUGUUAUUGUUAUUUGUUGCAUGUUUCAUAGAAAGCCCACUGUCACAACAGUCAGAUAAGAACAAUAUUACGAAUAAUUAUAUAAUUAUAAUAUAAUAAUUAACAUAUCCAAGAUAAUAUAUAUAUAUAUAUAUUUAUGCGUGCGUGUGUGUGUGUGUUUGUGUGUAUGUGAGUGUGUGAGUGUAUGAGUGUGUAUUGUAUAGAUACUUGAUUAGGAAUAAUAAAUACACGAUCAGAAUGAAUGCUAGGCCACAAGAAGCGCAAGAGACAUUACGUCACAAAUGACCAAAUGUUGAUAAUAUUGAAAAUUCGCUUCAAUAUUAUUGGCUACUACAAUGCUUAUAUUAAGCAUACGUACAUAAAUACGGGCACAUACUUCCACACACACAUACAUACGUACGUACAUAUACACAUACAAACACACUCGUACAUACAUACACACGUAUAUACAUACAUACACACAUAUACACACAUAUACAUACAUACAUACAUACAAAAAAUUAAUUUUGUUUAAAAAAUUAAUGAUCUGAAAAAAUAAUUAUUUCGUAAUAUUAUAUGAAGAAUUUUUUCAAAAUUUAUAAAAAUAGAUUUCUACAUAACGAAUAAGUAUAAGUUCGGUGUUCAUAUCAGUGUUUGUUUUGGGGUUCAUUCAUUCAGUCUUUCGUUCAUUCAUCCAGUUGGUUUUCCAUAACUCAUUUAUUGGUUUAUUCUCUCUUUUAUUCAUUCGUUCAUUUAUCCGUUCACUCAUUCGCUCAUUUUAAAAAAUCGUUUUUCACUAAUAAUUCAAAAACAAAAUUAACCAAAAAACCAGACGAUGAUUCUCUUUUCACUCGUUCAAUCUCUUAUUAGUCUAUUUGUUAUUCAUUCUUUCUAUCACUCACUAUUCAUUCAUUCAUUCAUUCAUUCAUUCAUUCAUUCAUACAUUCAUUCAUUCAUUCAUUCACUCAUCCAUCCAUACGUCCAUUCAUCCAAAGAUUUAUCAAUCCAUCCAUCCAUCCAUCCAUGUAACCAACCAAUCAACUAAUCAUGCAUCAAGACACUUCCUAAUGGACCUGAACAUCCUGUCGAGACAGUUCUUCCCCAUCAAUCCAUCCACUCCAUCCUCUCCGCCGCACUCAUCGUCGUCGUCAUCGUCCGCGGUGCCGUCCCCAUCGCCACCCGCCCAACCCCCACUGCGCCUCCGCCAUAACAUGCUCAGACGAUUCUUUCUAUGUACCUGGGAGUUUUUCUCAAUGACAAUUUCGGUCCCAAUCAUGUUCAACUUCGUCCUUCGAUUUCUCGUCCCUCUGAUUAUGCUGACCAAUAGGCGGUCGACCUUGUGAUCGAGUAGGGCGGAGACCUCUAAGAACUUGCAAUGACGUUUUAGGGCAAGUUUUUUACCUUCUGUUUUGAUUUGUUGGUU